GGAAGGGUAUGAAACAGAUGGUUUUGAGCGCCUCGAAACAAACAUCUGGGGCUGAUCCUGUCCUUAACUUGUAACAUGAAUACGAUAUCCAUACGUGGAAAUACUCCAGAAAUGGACAAAUCCUUGAAUGUUCCCUCCUCUUUCUUCGAGGGGGUAGUUUUGUAAUCAUGAAGUAGUCGAUCCACAGAGGUCAAUUCAUUUAAGUGAACGAAAGUAGCCCGUUGAGCCAUCCCAAGAUAGCCAAGCCGUGGAUAUAAAUUCGUGCUCUUUAAAAUCAUUCGAUCUCUACCACUACAUCUGCAACUAUGCAUCACAAAUUUAAAGUUUUAGCUUUAGCAACAUCGCUCUUUUCAUCCGCCUAUGCAUCACCAACUGCAGUGAAAAGCGAAGCAAACGGCGUCAGUCUUGCCAAACGCGCGACUUGCACUCCCGCUUCUGCUGGAAAUUCCGGGACCGAUGACGUUCCAGCCAUUGCUGCCGCCAUUUCAUCAUGCGGAAGCGGUGGAGUCAUUCAAAUUCCGGCAGGCGUACAGUAUGCAAUAAAUAGUGUUGUCGACUUCACAGGCUGUGCUGGGUGCACCAUAAAUAUCGAAGGUACACUCAAAGUCUCAGACGAUUUAGACUUUUGGGAAGGGAAGCGAGCCAUAUUUUAUAUGGAUGGCAUCAACACAGCAACUAUCCAAUCCGUCACCGGGACCGGAGUGAUAGAUGGAAAUGGGCAAGCAGCAUACGAUUAUUUCGCUAUCAACUCUUCAUAUGCUCGCCCAACAUUACAUUAUAUAACCGGGGCAUCUUCCCAUAUCACCAUCAAGAACCUCAAAGUCAAGAAUCCACCCAAUGUUUUCUUUAGUGUUACAGGAGGUUCGAAAAAUGUCGCAUAUUCUGACUUGACAAUGACGGCAGCUUCAAAGUCGACAACGGCUCCAAAAAACACAGAUGGAUUCGAUGUUGGUAGCUCGACAUUUGUUACGUUGAAAAACAUCAAAGUUUCAAAUCAAGAUGAUUGCGUAGCUUUCAAGCCCGGAGCAAACUACACAACUGUGGAUACCAUUACUUGUACUGGAUCACAUGGACUCUCGGUCGGCUCCCUUGGAAACAAAGCAGGUACAACAGAUUCAGUGACAAAUGUAUACGUCACUGGAGCAACGAUGGUCAAUUCUACCAAAGCCGUUGGAAUCAAAUUGUACCCUGGAGGAAGCUCACACGGAUCAGCCAUCGUCAGGAACGUAACCUUCAACGACGUUACAGUAAAGAACAGCGAUUGGGCAGCUCAAAUUCAAAGUUGCUACAACGAAGAUGCAACUUAUUGUGCUAGCACUCCCAGCACAGCCUCCGUCACAGACGUAUAUUUCACAAAUUUCAAAGGAACGACAAGCUCAAAAUACUCUCCAGAUGUUGCGAAUCUGAACUGUCCAGGAGCUGGAACAUGUGACAUUCAUUUCUCGUCUUGGUCGGUUGCUCCAACAUCUGGUUCUGCAACUUUUCUGUGCUCAAAUGUUGAUACUUCAACGGGCCUUACCUGUACUUCUGGUGCGUCGGGAUAAAUGCUACUUUGUGGUUCUGAAAUUUGGCAAUUCGCUGUACAUAUAUUGAUAGGAAUUCAUGUCAUGAAUUAUUUUUUUGCUGCUAAAUGUUUCUUCCA